GCUGCAUCCUUCGUUCCUCGUAGCCGUCUUGAUAAGUUGAUCCACGGCGAGGAAGCCACGACACGUUUCCCGCUCACGAGUCUGAUCAUAUUGGAAUCAUCAUCCUUUGGAAUCGCUUCACCACCUCCGUUUGCCUUGGCCUCCUUCGUCGUGGGCCUUACGACUUUCAGCCCGCUUUUCUGACAUUCCUUCAUCCUCUCGUUAUCAACGUUGAACUUCUGCUUCACACCCUGGCCCUUUACGUGUUGUCGCCAACCUCAGCUUUGAUAUGACCUGUUCGAUAAUCCUAUUCUAGACUCUUCGGUACUGGCUCAUUCUGCGAUUGACUUAAAAUCAGGCCUAUCUUCUCGUCAAAAGUCCAGGGAGUCACGAAGGUACCUGCCACUAUCGGAUCAGGCCCGUCGCAUUCGUCGCAGCGCAACAUGACGCUGAGUCGUUCUGCAUUGCUGGCCGUAAGGUGAUGUUAUUGGGGAGGGGUUGAAACCAUCUGCUUGCCUCGUCCAAUAUGCCAUCUCCGAAUCAUCGCGCGCGGGCUUCUUUGGCCUCGACGAGUACAGGAGCUGCCAUACGGAGGGGAGAUUUGAAAAUCUCGGACCCAAUUCCUUUCAACGAAUCAAGAGACAUGUUCAUCACUUCGAAUCCGGUCCCCUCUCCUAGGUUCAAUGCUGGAUAUCGACCUAAUGACACCACAUGGCCACGCAAAAGUACUCCGCCACAGGAGUACCACGUUCGCCAUGUCAGCGACAUCCCACCUGGUAUGGCCCUUCGAAACUCCGCUGGCACGUCCCUUAUUCCAGGGUCCAUGUCUUCAGUACCAUCCAAGUCCUCCUUGAAUCAGAAGAAGCCAGGAGGACUACGCGCCACACUCAAACGCAUGUUCACUGGAAGGAAACACAGGUCUGUUCCUGCUAAGACCGAUGGUUAUCAUUAUAGCGACCCUGGCCAUCUCCUUCCUGUAACAGAGCAACAGCCAUCGACGCAGCCAGAGUCUGCGCCUUCUUUUGGGCUUGUCGUUCCCGGAACGGCACUGACAUCGCACCUGACCCGCCGACAACCGGAGGACUUUGAGCAGAGUCUACCGUCUCCUCCACGGCGCGGGCGCCGAAAUACUCUGCCUAGUCUGGUGUUCAGCGACAAGGACUCGGGCUCGCUGUCUGCUAUGGGAAAUCGGCCCAGUGGACAGGAAUCUCAGGACAAGAAGUGGGCGAAAGAGGACUACAUGUCUGAUGGUCAAUUGAAGCGCCGUUCGAGAAGUGCCGAUGCUCUCAAUGAAAUUUUACGUUCUGGUGGCCUUGAGCCUUCUCCAACCCGCGACAGGGCUGGAGAAAUUGCAUAUUGGCGCAACAGUGCCAUUCAGAAUCCUGUUCCUGUGUACAGUGGUCAAUCAAUCACGGUCGACCCUGUACAUGUCCUUGGAGGAGUCAGCUCGGUGGAGGAAUAUGAUGCAGAGUCCUCUGCCGUGGCAAAUCCGAUGCAGGCAUUUGACUUCGGUCUUGAUAUUGGCAGUGCCGGUGGAACGAGCUUGGAGCAGCGCAUCAACACCCUUGAGAUCAAGCUCAUCGACUUUGAGUAUGCUAUUGUAAAGCUCCAAGGGACGAAGAUCUCGAGCCCGGCGAGGAAUUCCAGACCAUUCACCCGAGGCCCCGUCCACGAUGUCUUUCCGGAUGACAACACGUAUCCGACGUUGACUUCAAGCUCUUCGCAUGAUACCAGCUAUCUUUCUUCGCCAGCUACUGUUAACGAUGUGAGCUUCUUGUCAUCUCCAGGAGAUACUCCUCCCUUGUCAUAUCCUGAAAAUGACGAUUUGUUUCGUCCUAACCGAGCCAGCAAGGCUACGACCGCAACCAUCACACCUUACACAGCCAGGCGCAGGUCACCUGCACGAUCACAAUCGCCGACUUCGAUCCACAUACCACUUGACAAGUUCGAAGCGCUCCUGGAGAUGAUCAAGGACGAAAAGGCGGCGCGCCAAAAGUUAGAGGAACAAGUCAUGGGACUCCAGAAAGAGGUCGACAGCCUCAAGACUCCGGUCUAUGCCACGAUCAGAGAAGCUUAUCCCACACCAAGUCCUGAGUCGUCACAUCACGCACCUGCAACACCACGAGCGCUGCAUCGGUCACCGGGAUUCCAACUGAACUAUCCCCCUCCUGAAAUUUCACGAUUUAGCGGAACCGAUCCGGAAUCGGACCAUGAGAACGAAGACGAAGGUUUCGAAGAAGUCUACGAGACCCCACUGGAGGAGAUGAGAAGGACAUUCGAGACCGCUCGAGAAGAACCACGGCUGGUGACAACAUGAGCCCACCUUUUGCCUCUGCAUUUUUGGCUCGUUUGUGUGUUCGGAGUAUUCCACACUUGGUUCAAGACUUAUUGGACGCCUGCUGGUUGACCUUGGUUACGGCAAAUGCGGAUGAUUGAGGACUUGAUGCUUUGCAUGUUCAAGCCAGGUUAUGGUGCAGUGCACAGCUGUUUCAGUGGCAUCAUGUGGUUUGAUUGUGCACUUUGGCCUGUUCAAGAGAUACCCUAUCUGCAAAGACGAGCCCUGAUAGCAGGAAGAUAGCGUGAGGAGGCUAUUUGUAAAUUACAGAGACCAACGGAGGUCUGUUGAUGCUGAUGUGAGCGUUUCAAGCGUGCUUGGAAACGUCGAAUGUUAAUCCGUG